GUGAUUUUCAUCGAAGUUCCUCCAGCUCUAUACAGACACUACCGGUAGUUUGUUUUUAUUUUAAUUUGUUUGGUUCGGGGCCAAAGCCAUGUACAAGCAUGCACUAAAAGGUGGAAUUCGGACAGCCAAACAGGCUUGGAAGCUAAAAAACGAACUCGGCAAACUGAACUUGGAGCUAGCCAAAACCAAUUCGGACUUUGAGCAGCAUUUGUGCGAAGCUGCCAGAAUUAUCCAGAGCUGUGCUCCCCCUGCCAACAACACCCACAGACCUUUGUUGCUACUAAAAAAACACGGCGAUAACAGUAAGAGCUCCCCCUACAACUCCUCCUCCACCUCCGCGUGCAGUAUAGUUGCUAACCACUAUCGGACGGCAGUUAACCCCCGGAGUGUGACAGAUAAGACAGUAAAGCCUGUAUUCCGAGUAGAAACCGGCCACCUCAACGCCCUCAUCUCGUCGAAGCAGUUCGUCAAGGUGCAAAAGCAGUUCUAUCGCGACUUCUCGUCAGCGUCACUCGGCUCCAGUCUCAAGAGCAGCGACGCCCCCCUGUUAGGCGACUUGUGCAGCCAGUACCGUGUCAUCCUAGCUCAUACCUCGGCAGACGUUGUGCCAGGCGAAGAUCGACAUCAAGCGCAGUGUAAUUACCAGCAAAAGCGGCGGGCGCAUCAGCACAUCCAGAGCCAAGAGGAACAACUGGAGCAGCAAAAGAUGGCCCAGAAGACACAGUUCGAGCGACUGCCCACGAAUGUGGUGCCCAGGCACUACGAGCUGUUGCUGCAGCCCAAUCUUGAGGAGUUCACCUUCAAGGGCAAGACUGUGGUGCAAGUCCAGGUCAAGGAGCCCACCAACCAGAUCACACUAAACGCCCUAGAUAUCACAAUAGAUUCGGUGGAACUGGACUACGAGUGCACCAAACUGAAGCCAGAGAAGAUCGUUUACUCGGUUGAGAAUGAGACGGCAACGCUGGAGUUUGGCCAGGAGAUCCCCAAGGAGACAGCGGGUGUCCUACGCAUGUCUUUUACGGGUGAGCUGAACGACAAGAUGAAGGGCUUCUAUCGCAGCAAAUACUUUGGACCCAACGGCGAGGAGCGCUAUGCUGGCGUUACCCAGUUCGAGGCGACGGAUGCCCGCCGCUGCUUCCCCUGCUGGGAUGAGCCGGCCAUUAAAGCCACUUUCGACAUCACCCUGGUGGUGCCUAAGGAUCGGGUGGCACUGUCCAAUAUGCCCGUCAUCAAGGAGGAUUCCCUGCCGGACGGACUGCGACGUGUACGCUUCGACCGCACGCCCAUCAUGUCCACCUACCUGGUGGCCGUCGUUGUCGGCGAAUACGACUAUGUGGAGGGCAAGUCUGAUGACGGCGUCAUUGUCAGGGUCUUCACGCCCGUAGGCAAGCGCGAGCAGGGCACCUUUGCCCUGGAAGUGGCCACCAAGGUGCUUCCGUACUACAAAGACUACUUCAAUAUUGCCUAUCCCCUGCCCAAGAUGGACCUCAUUGCCAUCUCGGACUUCUCUGCCGGCGCCAUGGAAAACUGGGGCCUGGUCACUUACCGCGAAACCUUUGUACUGGUAGAUCCCAAGAACACGUCGCUGAUGCGCAAGCAAUCAAUUGCCUUGACGGUGGGCCACGAGAUCGCCCAUCAGUGGUUCGGCAACCUCGUGACCAUGGAAUGGUGGACCCAUCUCUGGUUGAACGAGGGCUAUGCCUCGUUCGUGGAGUUUCUGUGCGUGCACCAUCUCUUUCCGGAGUACGACAUCUGGACGCAGUUCGUCACCGAUAUGUAUACGCGCGCCCUCGAGCUGGACUCCUUGAAGAAUUCCCAUCCCAUUGAGGUGCCCGUGGGCCAUCCGUCUGAGAUUGAUGAGAUCUUCGACGAGAUUAGCUACAACAAGGGCGCAUCGGUAAUUCGCAUGCUGCACGAUUAUAUCGGCGAGGAUGACUUCAGGAAGGGAAUGAACAUCUAUCUGACGCGCCAUCAGUAUGGAAACACCUGUACCGAGGACCUGUGGACUGCACUGCAGGAGGCCAGCUCCAAGAAAGUGGCUGAGGUGAUGUCGUCGUGGACACAGCACAAGGGCUUCCCAGUGGUUAGUGUGGAGUCCGAGCAGAGGGGUGGCUCAAAGCGAGUGCUGCGCCUAAAUCAGUGCAAAUUCACGGCGGAUGGUUCGCAGGCCGAGGAGAACUGUCUAUGGACGGUGCCCAUCUCGGUAUCGACCUCGAAGAAUCCCACGGGCAUAGCCAAGACCUUCCUGCUGGACAAACCCUCGAUGGAGGUGAUCCUGGAGAAUGUGGAAGAGAGUGAUUGGAUCAAGAUCAACCCGGGCACCGUGGGCUACUACCGCACCCGCUACUCGUCAAAGAUGCUAGAGCAGCUUAUGCCCGCGGUGGAGAGGAUGGAGCUGCCACCGCUGGAUCGUCUGGGCUUGAUAGACGACAUGUUCGCCAUGGUGCAGGCCGGCCACGCAAGUACCGCUGAGGUCCUGGCUCUGGUCGAUUCGUACAGGAACGAGACCAACUAUACAGUGUGGACGGCGAUUACUAACUCGCUGACCAAUCUGCAUAUUCUUAUCUCGCACACGGAUCUCAUGGAUGACUUUCAUCGCUUCGGCCGGAAUCUGUACGAGCCGGUGGCCCAACGUCUGGGUUGGGAGCCGCGCGACGGUGAGAACCACUUGGACACGCUGCUCCGUAGUCUGGUUCUCACCCGGCUCGUCUCGUUCCGAAGUGAGGAUAUUAUAGAGACGGCCCGCGCACGCUUCCGCAGCCAUGUGACUGGGACGAAUCUACUGCCGGCCGAUCUGCGCACCACCUGCUACAAGGCCGUGCUCCAGGAUGGCGACGAGAAAGUCUUUGAGGAGAUGCUCUCCCUGUACAGGAGCACCGAUCUGCAUGAGGAGCAGGAUCGCAUUUCACGGGCUCUGGGCUGCUGCAGCGACGUCAAGCUGUUGCGACGCGUCAUCGACUUUGCCAUGUCGGGUGAGGUAAGGGCCCAAGACUCAGUCUUUGUAAUCGUUGCCGUGGCCAUUAAUCCCAAAGGGCGAGAUAUGGCAUGGGACUUCUUUAAGGAGAACAACAAGCAGCUACUGGAGCGUUACCAGGGCGGCUUCCUUCUUUCCCGACUGAUCAAGUAUCUCAUCGAGAACUUUGCCACCGAGGACCGGGCCAGGGAGGUGGAGGAGUUCUUUAAAACGAAUCAGAUACCCGGGUGCGAACGCACCGUUUCCCAAGCCGUAGAGACAAUCCGCCUGAACGCCGCCUGGCUGCAGCGGGAUCGGGUGGCGCUGGCUGCCUUCCUGGGGAGGUAUAAAAGCCAUUACGUCCGUUAGCAUACCAAAGCAUUUAACAAGAGCAACCGUAACCAGCACCAGCCACCAGCAGUAACCAGUAACCAGGCCAUCAAUGUCACCGUCAUUACACACGACCAAAGCACAGUCACAAAUUAAGUAAAAUGCAUGCGAAGAAGACCCCAGUAGGUUUAGAUUUAGCCAAGGAAUCACGAAGACGACUGGGAUUGACCACACCGGUGACCCCUCAGCUUAUCAAUUGUAUAUUCCCGCAUUCUAAAAUUAUGUACGUGUUGAGUUUA